GUUAAAAAGAAGAAUAAUAUAACAUAUGUCCACUUAAAAUUAGACAACCAUAACAUUUGGCACUGUGGUGGAGGUACCAUGUCAAAAUUAUAUAUUUUCAAAAAAAAAUGUAUAGAAAACACAUAUUUUCGCUGUUUGUUCUGUUGAUUUUUAUGUUUAGUGAAGAAGGGGAAUGUACACAUUUAAAAGGGACAUUUAAAUCUAGUGAUUUUUUUAAAUUUCUAAUAAAAUUUGGUUUCCAAAAGACUGAUCAACAUCAAGCAGAAGUUACUCAUGGAUAUAUAUUUGGAAAUAUUACAUCCAAACAACAAUUUUCAGUUCCUAUAACAUUUGCUGUGUUGGAUAGGCCCUAUUUUCUGGAUUAUUAUAAGAACAGAGUAAUAUUGGAUAAAAAUGAGGCUUGCAAAAGAAUGUUUAGUACACUUAAAACCAGAGCAUACGAUAGUAAGUGCAGUAUAGAUGGAAAAGAUUAUUUGCGAAGAAUUCCUUGCCCGAAAAAUAAAUUGUGUGAAGAUGAGGACAACUCAUGGAAUGUUGUUAAAAAUUAUCAGUUCACAUAUGUGAUUCAAGAUUUCAAACAACCAUCAUUUUGGUACCUUUCAAUAGUAGCUUGCUACCAUGAUACAACAACCUGCGAAUGGCACGAAUACAAAACCUACACUGAUUACGAAAUAGAGUAUGAUAUCUGGCUUGUAAAUGGCAAUCCUAACAGUUCGUCAUAUAGUUCACUAACAUACCAAUUUUCUUUCGACAGACAAAACACUCUAGAACUUUACUUUGUAUUUUGGUUGUGUUACAUGGUAUUGGUACCACUUCAAUGUCACGCAGUUAAAACCCAGAAACAUCCAGUAACUAGACUCUUCACAGCAAGUUUAUUAUUGGAUUUCAUAGCACUUUGUCUCAUUUUGGUACACACAUUGAGGUAUGCUUUAGAUGGAGAAGGGUAUCCUAAAUUAGCUUUGGCUGGAGAUAUAUUUGAUAUUUUAUCCAGGACUACAUUUAUGCUUCUACUGCUUCUUUUAGCUAAGGGGUGGGCUGUAACUCGUUUAGAAUUGACAUGGAAACCUCUUGUUUUUGCUAUAUGGUUGUGCUAUGGUAUAGUACACAUUCUUCUAUACGUUUGGAAUUUAACUGAAGUGGAUAUAAUAGAAGAUAUAGAUGAAUAUCAAACAUGGCCUGGAUGGUUGAUAAUCGUAUUUAGAUCGUUGAUAAUGAUUUGGUUUUUAUAUGAACUUCGUACUACUAUGUUAUACGAACAUAACACUCAAAAAUUGAAUUUUUUGCUCCACUUCGGUGCAUCUAGUUUAGUUUGGUUCAUAUAUUUACCGAUAUUGGCACUUAUAGCUUUACAUGUGUCCGCCUUAUGGAGAUUCAAAUUAUUAUUAGGUAUAACAUAUUCAGCAGACUGUUUUGCAUAUUGCGUGAUGGCCCAUCUGCUAUGGCCGACUCGUUCCGAACAAUAUUUCCUACUGAAGGGGCCUUCUUCAGCAGAUUUGGAGGAACUGGAUGAAUUCAACGAAGCACCUCAUAUCGUCAAUAAUUCCUACACUUCAAUGUCCAGCAUCAAUUCUUAUGAAAUUUGUAAAUACGAUGCUAGCGAAACCCAAAAAACUAAACUUAUCAAUAUAAAUACGUGAAAAAAAAGGAAAAAGAUUUUUUUUUGUUUUUCAAUAUUCGAUAAUGAUAAUGUUGAAAUGAAAAAGAAAGUGUGGUUAAAUUAAGUUAUCUAUUACUAUAUACAAAGACUAGGUACGAUUUUAACUGUAAGUACUUGAUGACUGAGAUUUUUUUCUCUUAACUUAUCAAAGUUGGAUUUUUUUGUAUAAAUUGAAUUGAAUGAGAGCAUCUGAAAGGUUAUAAAAAACACUAAUAUCGUUUUUUUUCUAAAUUAAUUAAAAGUGCCAUAGUAUUGACAUUGCAAAGCCCAACUUCACCUGUACACUAUCUAUGAUUUUGAUUUGAGACAGGUUUUACUAAAUGGUUCCAUUUAUCAUAUUUGAUAGUCAGAGAUGUACAAAAUACAAAGUAUCUGGAAUACAAAAUGCAAGGUAUUUUUAAAUUAAGUAUUUCAGAUACCAGAUAUCAAAUCCUUUCUUUGUAUGUUCAUAUAGAUCAUACUUUUUUUAGGUUAGGUCUUUUCAUGCUUCGUUUACCAUUUAAGAAAAGCACAAUUAGCGGUUCCAUGGCUUUCAGUAGUUAUUCUUGUCGACGCAUUGAAAGUACGUCGUAGAAGUGGUUCAGAAAUGAUUCUACACUUCAUCUAGUACCAUUGAAUUUGAGCAAAAAACUAAAUUCGUUAGCUACUCAAUUUUUUCUAAAGAUGGCGAGUCUAUAUAAUCACUAGGCUUUGAUAGGUUAUAUCAGUUGUGAUUAUAGUGUAGAUAGUGAUUUGUUUGUUUUCUAUUAUCAAGUAGUGCACUUACGUGUUUAUUUUCAAAGCUUGUCAGAAACCAAGUGAAUUUUGGGCUCAGCUCUUUUCGAAUUACACAAGGAACAUUUUCCCAAUUUAUUCGUUAUAUGUUGGGUUCCAUAUGUACAUGAAGAAAUACUUUUUCUUAAAUUCCAAUUUGUAGAUUGCUUAUAAUUUUUAUUUUAUUGCUUUUAUAUUGAUUUUGAGAAAAUAUCUUAUCAAUAUUUAUAAUAUUUUAAAUAUUUAAUACUUGUUAGGUUUUGACAUUUACUUCUUAUCGAAAAACAAAAAGUUUAUCAACAUUGCGCCCCAAAAUUGAUGCAUCUUUUUAUAAAAUAGAAAAAUUGAAUAGAAGGUAUCUCUUUCAAAUCUUUUUUUUAUGUUUUGAUACACCGUUUUUGUGUUGAGUCGUAUUUUUACAAUAUUUAAUAAAAUUAUUCAAAGUCUAAGUUUUAUUAAGUAAAACGGUACAAGAUACCUUUAUUUCAACCAAGGAAUAUAUUGUCACCAUAGUACAACAGAAUUAUCAACACUAGCUAGUAGGAAUAGUAUGCUUCAAAACGUUACGAUAGGAGAUGAUAAUUUGAAAAGAGUAACAAAUGUCUGGGUCUACAGCUUACUAAGGAUGGAAACGAAAACAUAGAGAUUAGAAGAAGAAUCACGUAUGAGUUUGUGUCAAUGAAUGCCAGAUUACAUAAAUACCAUGAAAAUGAAGAUAAAAUGAGUUAUAUCAAAAAUCCAAGAAACUGUAGAUCUCGGACUUUGUUUGAGUACAGAGUGCGCAACAAAUAGUGCGAAUUGAUGGACAAAGAAUGCCGAGAAAACAAUUUUUGAAGGGCGUAGGCCAAUUGAAGAAAAGGUGGUAGACACAAGACGCAAUGAGUCUUCUAGAGAUAUGCAAUUGGAAGAGAGCGAUUCUGGGUCAGAGACAAUUGGGGAAGAAAGCGAGGUCACGUCUCGCAGUGUGCUGUAGCAGCACCAUAGAAGAAGAAGAUGGAUCCUCGGGUUGGAGCUUUACUACCUUCACAUAAAUAGAAAUACAUUUAGGAACCAGAUUUUAAAUACGCUUCGAAGAUGCUAAGCAGUAAUCAUAUCAAGGAGAGACAGUACAUGGUAUUAAAUCUAUCAAAUACAAUUCGUCAAAAUAAUAAGUUAUUUAAAAUUAGGUUAUCAAUAUUUAGUGUUUCCUCGUCUGGUCCUAAGAACAGCUUCCAAUCGCUUUUUCAUGGAUCGAAUAAGUUUAUUUACUUGAUCUUAUUCAAUGCUAUCUCAUUUUUGAGGUCCGAUUUCGUGACUGGUUACAGAAUGUCUAGCCAGAACUUUUUUCCCAUAGAUGUUGAUAUCCCCUAAAAUUUCUUCUGUAUAUCGCUUCGCCGUUAAUCGUUCUGCUCCACCACCAAUUUCAAUAAAAACCAACUCGGUUUUUGUUUCCAUUGAAAUUCCCGCCCAAACCUCCUCCAGAAGACACGUUUUCUUUCAUACAGACUGCGCGAAUCUUUCUUCAGGUCUUCCUCUCUAUCGCUACCACACUUUACUUUUGUCUGAGAAGAGAACGGAGUCCUAUUGUUCGUCAGUCCAAUUGAGCAGCUUCAUCAUUUGUUGUGUCCAUUUGCAGGUAGAAUUCUUUGUUGUUGUGUUCCAUAGCUAACUGAUAGUGGUGGAUCAGGUAGAUAACCUUUUCUAACGGUCAAUUACCACUAAUUAGCCCUAUUAUAAACAAGUAUAAAAGAGUGGCUAGUAAUCAUAAGAUAUAAUUGGAUUGUUUUUAAAAUAAUCAAGCUAUUUAAAAAUAUGUUUGGUUCAUUAGAUUUAGAAGGUGAUUUUUCUGUUUUUUAGGAUUGUGCAUUAAUUUUGGCGGCUCAGUAUAUUUUAUUUUACAUGGAAUUCACCGACUACAAUUUUUUUCAUUUCAACAAAUUCCAAUUUACGAUUUUAUGAUAGAAUUUAAUUACUUUUUUAUUGAUAUCUCCUGUAAUAUUUUCAGAAUAUGAAAUCAAUCCAAUAACCCUAAUUACAAAACUACAAAAUAAUCAUUAGAUUUUUAAAAUACAGUUUUUGUUGCAUAGUUGCCAUGUUGUGAAGUUCGUAGUUGCACGUUCUCCAAUCAGAUGAUUCUUUUGUAUUCUAUUUCAAGUUUUUUUUUAACAACUUGUUGUGAUAUUUUUUUGUCAAGCACAUUUUGAAAGGUGUUAUUUACAUUUACCGUUUAGAAAGAAAACUUGUUUAAAAAAAUGAAAAACGAAGCAAAAAAAUAUUUAUAUGUGAUGUUAAUAUUUAAAUCUUAAACAUUAUUUUAUAGAUAUUUGUAUAUACUUUGACAUAAUUUACAUUGUGGUUGAUGUAUUAUUUAAGCACUACUACUAUUUUAUGUGAUGACAUAAUAAUUUUAAAAAUUAUUAGAUUAAGUUUAAUACAGUGUUUACAAUAAGUAAUAUUUCUACAAAAACAGUUUUUUUCAAAUGACACAAUUGUGAAUACAACAACUAGAAAUUAA